AUGAGUAAUCAGCCAUGGCUGGACAGCCUUUCAGACGACUGGGUGUCGUUGCCAGGGACUCCCACCAGCCCUGCUCCCCCUCGUUCACCUAUCAACAGCCACUCCCGCCGCUCCAGCGUACAGAUCACACCUAGUCGCAUUCCAGUCCCCGCGCGACGCUCGAUCGAGCCCUCUCCAUCGUCCGACACGAAGAAAAAGAUUCCACGACCGUGCCAUCACAUCAGACGAGAGCCCCCAACCCCCAAAACCCCGCGCACCCCAAAGACGCCUUCCAAACCAAGAUCGCCGUAUCCCAACAUAUCGAAUCCAAAGCCGAACCCGACCCCGGGGCGGAAGAAACAGUCCGUUAUGGACGGGAAAUCGCCCUUGCGGUCGGUUUCUAACGCAUCGAGCCAAGUUGGGCAACAGAGCACCGUUCAGAUUAGGCCGAAGAAGGAGACUGUCGAGCAGGGAACCCCAGAGUGGCGGAAGAGACUGGUGAAUGGCGAUAUACCUGCAAGUGAACAACGCGAUCUGUUUGCUCCUAUCGGGUUGGAGAGCGUUUUCAAGCCCCCUUCGCCGGGUUCGCCGCUGGCAGGAAGCACACCGAUCCCGCGGAUGAAACAGCCGGAAGACGGUUGGAACUUCAGCACCAAUUCGGCUGCGGAAAAGAAAGGAAAGUCUCCAGGGCGCGCGUUAAAGAGUAGCCGGGGGAGUGUGCGCACGACAUCGGGCAAGUCAGUUUCUGGGCAAGGUUCGCGUACCAUGGAACGCCACGGCAAACAAACAACAAAACCGCGAACGGGAGAAUCGCAACAACAGAAGAAACAAUCCGCGCACUUAUCAGAACACAUGACGGAAAACCAUGGGGAUCAGACGGACACUGCGCAGAUGCGCUCUGCCAGCGGGUUGGAGGACUUACGAAACGAGGAUAUCACACCCAUUACUUUUUCCCGGACAAACACAGUGGAUGGCGAGGGCACGGCCGAAAUCAUCAAGUCCGCCUUGAAACAGGUUACAACAAAACUAGAGAAGCUACAGUUGACGCCAGCGGGUCGCCCAAACUCUCGCGCGAGUGACAGUGUUCUAUAUGACCAGCAGAAUGACAUUGCUGCUGAAGCCGCCGCGGAAGAAGACUUGCUCGAUGUUACCAGCCACUCACUUCCCCAGGACCUCUCGAUGGGAACAUUAGAUUAUCGAGGGCGAAGCGCAUUCACGAGUCUGCAAGGGGAUUCAUAUGCGGAGGAGCGCUCUUUCCACAACGACCGGCUUUCUCCUACAGGCUUCCCUUCUCAUCGUUUGACUCCGUUCAUCCGGCCCAGCACAAGAGUCAGGAGCUCGCCGCCGUUCUACAACAAAACUAAUCCGCAAACUGAUCCGUUAAGUUUGCCGCGACCUUCAUCCGCCCACGUGGCAACGUCGAAUAAUCUCGGAGGCAUGCCCUCGACCGGAAGCCCCCUGAAGCUUUUUGCAAAUCAUGACACAUUUACGAAUAAUAAACUUCUUCGACGAAUGAGCCAAUUUGAGGAGACCCUCGGGGAGCAAUCGGAUGGGGACGAGCCAGUCUCGCCAUCGGAAGAAGCCCGCCGUAAGGGAGAGAAUCGAAACUUCCUGCACCCUGGCGAACGUCAUGGCCGGAGGCAGGAUCAUUCGAGGUCCCGUAACAGUCAAACUCCUCGCAUAAAUCGCUUUGGUGAAGGUCAGUUAGAUAAUUUCGACUUUUCCGAUACUAGCCCCUACGACACGAAUUUCCUGCAUACCGAUUCCCCGGAACCCAACGUUGCUCCGCCUGGUAACCUGCUAGCUGCUGAAGGAAAGGUCCAGAGAGGUCGCUCAUACAGGCAGACCAGUGAAUACUCGGAAGCGUCUGAUGGGACAAACUUGCUAGGGCGGCGAGACAUUCGACUGAAGCUCAAGACUACGCUUAGCAGCCCUGUGAAAGAUCCUACGCCAAAGAGGCGAAGAAUGGGCAGGCAGUUCCACGGCUCUAUGCUGGGUGAUGCAACAAUUGAGGAUAGUGAAGCUUCUGACGACCUGUCCUUGCUUCAACGGAGCCUGGUGCAACACGGGUUGAGAUAUGAUGAGAAUGUGGAAGGGCCAUUUUCUGAGUCAACGAACCGCCCACGAACUCCAACCCCACAUCAAACAGGAUCUUUUGAACGAAAACAAUCUUCCCCGAAUCGACGAACACAUCAAGCUGAGUCCGACAUACACGGAAUCUCCCCCCCAACAUUAACUCAAAAUGUGCCCAACGUCAUUGGACGUUCCGGGAAAGACGAGGUUCGGAAAGGUUCAAUCACAACACAGGAUUUCCUCAAUGAGGCGACUAAGGUCAUGAAUUUAAUACGCUCCCAAGGCACGGCCAAAAGUGGUUUAUCUAGGGUGGAUGAGACCGACACUGAAGAGCACGACGGCAACGAGAGCUACGAGGAGGAGUCAACCCUAGAAGAAUUCUCGCGCCCGCCUAGCAGGGAGGGCAUUGAUUUACGCAGGCUGCGCGAACCCAAGGAGCCAAACCCGCGCAUUUUGAGUCAUUUGAAGAAAUUUCAAGAACAUGAUGAUCUGGAGUUUGGCGUUAGCGGUUCUGUUACGUCUUUGCAUCUUGGAGGUGAUGACAGUGGGCGCGGAGAUGCUGAUAGGCACCGGAAGCGCAAACUUCCUACGCCGCCAGCAACCCAAGAAGAUGAUCUCUAUGACUUUUUAAGGCUCAACACUGAGACCUCGAAAAACUUCAGUGCUCGUUCGGUUCAGACCGGCUCCUCACAAGGAUCGCACGCUAAGGGUGUCUUAUCUUCAAAUAUCGUGUCUCACCUGAUACCUGAACAAGUGAAUGGAUUCACGUAUGAUCGCCUCCGACAUUUGUGGGUGAAAGAGGACGAAAGGAAGUCUCCUUCUAGCCAACAAUACAAGGAUCGUGACGAAGAUCCUUUCAAAGAUAUUCCCGACUUGAGUGUCGAUGAAAUGGAAGAGGUGAUGAGGACUGAGAAUGCAAGCUCUCCGCGGAAGACAAGAGACUCAUCUCAUGCCCGAGCAACCGCUCCUCAUAGACCAAACACAAAUAAGGCUGAUGGUAAAGGAUCAGAGCCCGUCGAAGAAGACGCACCCGGAGCACCGUCGGUCAAUCUCAGCUCUGCUCAGUCGGGUACCAGCCAGUUAACCGCUAGCAACCCUACUUCGGGAACUAGAGAGACGUCAUGGGGAACUGAAGUGCCCAAGAGCACAGCGUCGUCCGAUGUUGAACACGAGAUCAAGCUGCAUGAAGGUCGCCUGUCCAAACCUCCUCACCUCCUGAAAAACCAAAACCAUCAACCCCGAGUCGUGACCAUAAGUUUCUCCUCCCCACUCGUCUCACAAAUCGAGUAUAGCGACGAUGAUAGCCCCUCUAAACUCCGAAGGAUUGCACUUACCUCGCAAGCGCAUGUCGCGGCCGCAGAGAAUUCCGCACUGCAGUCCUUUGAACACGAGCAGGGUUUCUCGCGGCGCUCUAUAUCCAAAAUCGACGAGCAGAACGAGGACACAGUUGAGGACCAAAGUCUAGUCCCGAGGACAACAGAUGAUCUUGAACCUAGGUCGGGUGAAGCGAACUUGGAAGAGUCCUUUGCACUUGCGCGGGAGAACGGAUUGGAUACAAGCUAUAGUUUCCACCUCAGUCCGCUUCCUGACUUCACAGUCAAUCAGAUUGACCAGCCGUCACAGCUUGACGUUAGUUAUGUCGCUCAGCGCACACAUCCAACAUCUUUGCGUCAAAUCCACGGGACCUUUGCUCUGGCAACAGAAGACUUGGUCAGGAAUAUUACGGAGGCUGAGCCGUAUGAGCCUUUCUGGGAGCAUCUCCGUCGCUUGAUUCUGCGCCGCAAAGGGCUCAUUACUCUGCAUAAACUUGCCGAUUUCUGUCCUCGCCUUGAAGAAUUGGACGUCUCAGAGAAUGAUAUUGGUCAGUUGGGCGGCGUUCCAUCAACACUGAGGAACUUGAAAAUCCAGAAUAACUGCCUCUCUAAUCUUACACCAUGGGGACACUUAGGAAACCUGCAGUAUCUGGAUAUUUCUGGGAACGAACUGGAGAACUUGGAUGCCGUUGGUGGUCUCAUUCACCUCAGAGAAUUGAUAGCGGACAACAAUAAUAUCCGCAACGUCGAGGGAGUCUUCGGGCUAAACGGACUUUUGACUCUGAAGUUAAGAAAUAACCGCUUAGCAUUUAUUGAUUUCAAGACAGCGGAGAUGACUCGCUUGGGUGAGCUAGAUCUGAGCCAUAAUGAGUUGAUGUUCGUUGGGAACAUUCAGCACCUUUCUGCUCUUUCCCAGCUAGAUCUCAGCUCCAAUCGUCUCGAAACAGUAUCAACACCCUCCCCGCUAACCAAGCUGCGGGCUCUGAGAGUUUCGGACAAUCGCCUGCGGAGUCUCAAUGUUGGUCUAUUCCCAGCGCUCACUCUUCUUUACGCAGACCAGAACUGUCUAUCCACCAUUUUAGGUCUUGACCAGAGUCGUGUCUUAGAAGUAUUGUCAGUACGGGAACAGGAAAUUCCGGAUGGCGAAUCCCUUGAUUUGGACCUGGGAUUGCUGAAGGAUAUCCGGAAGGUAUUCUUAUCAUCAAACAAACUUUCACCACAAACACUUUCACCAUCCGCGCCUCUUCUGAGCCUGCAACUUCUCGAUGUCGCAACUUGUAGCUUGAAAGCGCUGCCUAUGGACUUCGCCACAAAGUUCCCCAACGUCAGAGUCCUUAACCUCAACUUCAACUCUCUGGAGGGAGUGAAUGAAUUGCUCGGCAUGAACUGCCUCUCGCGGCUAACUGUGGCCGGCAACUCCAUCUCGCGCCUCCGGAGAAUCUGUCAAGUCCUCAGUCGGAUCGGCCGUACAAGCAAAUCAAACACUUGCACACUCCAAAAAGUCGACAUCCGGCACAACCCUCUCACAGUCCGAUUCUAUCCACCUGCCUUAACCGGGAGCGGCAAACCACAACCCCAGAAAUUGAUUUCAAACGAGGGACGACGUUCCGGCCAUAGUCAUGGUCUCGACUUAGAUCUGCCUCUCAUGGAGCAGCUCAAUCGCGAAGGCCAGCUGCUUCAAGUGAAUGGCGAAGACGGCGAAGAUACAGCGCACGCUGACCCCGAAAUCGAUGAUCCUUACACUCUUCCCCCAGCAGAUUUGUUGUUGGACCAAAAGCAUCUAGCCCAUUUAGAUCAAGCAACAAGACUCAAGCGUAGAGUCUUCGAGCUUAUGCUUUAUGCAGGCACAGGAGGAGCGAUUAAAGUCCUUGAUGGGCUGGAUUUCCGGCCGGUGCUUGAGCCUGGUUCAGAUAUGAACCAGGCUUGGGCUAGGCUUGAACGACUCGGUGUUCUCAGAAAGAAAGCGAUCACCGGUUGA